AUGAUCCUUUCCAGUGCGGCCAUUGUGGCAGUCAUUGGUCUCAGCAGCAGCAACACCAUCAUCCCUAGUGCAAACGCCUUUGUAUUAUUGCCAAGACAACAACAGCAGCAACAACAACAGCAACCACCAUCUCGCCUUGUGAGAACUACUACUACAUUUCUUGCGGCACCUGACGACACUAUUACUUCUGUCGUUGAGACCAAUAGUAACAAUAAGUCGAACAAUACGAAGAAGUCUGAUUUCUCGGAUCCACUUCGUCCUGUCGUGAAUGGUGAAACCUUGUUGAUUCCCUUUUCGGAGAACGAAGUGGAUCUUGGAAAUGGUGAAACCAACAACGGACCCUUUAGUUGGAUCGCACCGUAUAUGAAACUUGGCGGAUACGAGCCUGGUGCCAAACUCGUGGGAGGAAUCGCCACCAAGAUCAAUCCGGAUGCUGACGACUAUGAAUUCAAGGAUGAAAUUUAUUCCAAGGAAGUCCAAGAAGAACGAAUCGCGGCGGCGACGGAAGAAGUUGUCAAUAUUUCACCUGAAGAGCGCCAACGAAGAAGAGACAUUGCGUAUGCUUGCUACAUUGCAACGGCAUUCUAUGCCUUUGUUUCGUCGAACAUUCUAAUUGAUGAUUUCACGCCUUCCAUUGCCGAUCACCUUUGGAGGUUGGCCAUUUUUGUGCCACUCUCGACUGGAUAUGGAUUGCAACUCAGCGCCGAUCGAGGACUGUGA